ACGUAUUAUUGCAGUUGGUUCACUGACCUAGCGGAGUAAAUAAAUAAACUAAGAUUUUUUGACAAACCAGCCAAAGGGGUUAUUAUUACCUAGUAGUUGGAACUCCAAAAAUAGUUGAAAAAUUCUAUUUGCUGGAGAUUCUCCGGUUACUAAGUCUAUCCAAUCUACUGUAGUCAUAAAUAAUCCUGAAGAGAUUUCACGAAAAAUGCUUCAUUACAACUCGACUGACUGUCGCAAAAAUGGAUAACAAGCAGAACUAUUGCACAGUUUCUACUCUGCAUACCGAGAAGAGAAAAGGAGAAACCAAAAGCUCAUCAGGAAAGGCUAAAUAGACUGCUUACUGUAGACGGUAUUGCCCUGAGCGCAGGUAGAAGAUUAGACGGCUGUUGUUACUCUUAAAAAUGUGGAGAAACGAGCCGUUCCGUCAGCUGUUUGGAAGAAUAGAAAUCGCUAAUCGUCUGUCGGUCUUCGGCACGAGUUGCAGAAUAACGCGGAUGAAAUUAAUACAUCUGCGCUUUCGACCUAAUUUUCACUUUCGUCGAUUACGUUCGCUUAUGGCAGGACAAACGACGUCCCCGGGUAGAAUCGUAACAGUCGCAAUAAUAACAGGUAAGCUAAAAAUCAUCCCGAGAUGAUUUUUUGUGGUGAGCCUGGUCAUCCACCAGCGGGGAAAGUGGAGAAAGAACAGACAACAGACGAAAACAAACCAAAAGUAUUAGUCCCCUAUAUAAGCCCGCGUUUUGUUUCGUAGUUUAGUCACAUUCAAAUCGUCUACUGAGCAGCAAGCAACUCCAAUAUCUUAAAAAUGAGAUUGCCCAAUUCAAGAAGCUAUACAGUAUUCCUGGCUGUCAUCGUUUUUGUGCAACUCACGUCAAGUUUGGCUCAGCCAAUUCGUUUGUCCCGUACGGCUGAAGUGGGAACGUCAGGUGGAAAUCUGCUCUACGCCAACACUCAGGAACAACCUACGCACCCUGCUUUGGUUCAGGGACAAGAUGAACAAAUAACGACAGAUGAAAAUAUGACAGAUCUUGGAGAUGUUACUAGCUCACCGCUUGUUCCAUUAAAUGACAAAAUACCUGCUGUGGUUGAAACUGUCAAUGAAAACAGCAAAUUGGUGAGCCCCCAAGUACAGACAGAAGUCCCUGCUUCUCCAUCAGCACUAGAAGUUGAUCCUCCUCUGUUUUAUCCACCACGACCUGUCGAACAACCAAAAUAUAGACUCCCAGCACACUACAGUCCUCCUCUUCAGUCCAAACCACAACCUUCACGCAGAUACAACAACAAUGACAGACUUUUGGGAGAGGCUCCUUUCAAACCCAGCAUGUUGGGCUUUCCUCCGAUAUCCAACACGCGUGAGAAUUUGGGUCUCCAAAUCAAUUGGGCGGCCAAAAUUGGUCGAGCCCAUCGCUCGUUUUACGAUUUCCUGUUGGCUUGAGAUAAAUGUCAUUAAUCUUCUAAUACUGGUGACUGUUGAGCUUUCGCUAGUAAUGUCAAAUUGUUGAAAUCUAUUCUUUAUGCAUGUGAACUGUCAAGAACAUCUUUAAAAAACUUUUUCUUAUCGAAAUUAUUCAGUCAAGUAAAUAAACUGAUAAAACACAA